AUGUCGGGAGAAGAGUCUUCAAUAUUUGUCAUCAUCUUAUAUCAGGCGAUGUUCCUUUUUACCGGAUUUUAUCAAACAAUCUCUGCACAAUAUUUAUACUAUCAAGGAGCUGCUAGUGGAACAAGCCUUCUCACAAACACUGCACAGUAUAUCGGAACUGCGUUAGUUGGGUUGUUGCUUAUACCUAAAUGGUGGGCUAAUAGGAAAGGAUCAAGAAAUAUGGAAUUCACUAUGGUGAAUAUCGGCCAAAUCAAGGCAACUGAAGUUCAAAAAGAAUAUCAAUUAUUACCAAGUGGUGAUGCAGAAGAUACUUUUGAAGAUACUUUAGAAAAUACGGAUAGCGAAUUUUCAAAUCAGAAAGAAGUUGUAAACUAUAAUUUUAUUGUGGCUGCAUCGUUAUUGGACGUUACGGCUAAUUUUGCAUUAACAAUAGGUUUUUUCUAUGUUGGAAGUGGGAUGUUUCAAGUAAUUUACAGUUCUGUAGUCAUCUGGUGUGCUAUUCUUUCAUUUAUUUUUCUCGGAAGAAAACUUUUAUUAGUACAAUCGCUAUGUAUUAUUGGUGUAUUCAUCGGGCUUGCCCUUAGCGCACUGGGAAUUUCUCAAAACGAGGAAGAUCAACAUACAACACCGCCACCUGCAACUGCUACUGGUCCUACAGUACUUCACUCUUUCAAUAUGUCAUCUACAAUGUUUGGAAUGAUCUUGACAUCAUUUGCUACUUUUGGAUAUGCUUGCGUUUACGUUGUAUCCGACCAAAUAUUUGUUGUUCGCGUUCCAAAUGAACUUCCGCCCUCUCCAGAAAGAGCAUGCUUCUUGGUAGGAAGUUGCUGUUCAUGUUUGUCUAUGCUAUAUGUAAUAUUUCAUACAAUUCCCAAUUGGAACUCACUUGUAACGGAAGAAAUUGCAAAGAAAGCCGAGCAUAUAGACACCUUCACAAUAAUAAUUAUAUAUUUGGUACUAAUAUUUGCAUCAUUUAUUCAUAACCUUGCUUAUUAUCAGCUGAUUAAACGAAUUGGCAAUGUCUCUACUGGAUUGUUAAAUUCUAUUAGAGCAAUCGUAGUAUUUGGACUUAGUCACACGAUGUUUUGUGAAUUUGAUAGUGGUCAAUGCUUUAACGUUUGGAAAGGGUGGA